AUGUUAGAUGAUGGUGGUCAAAUAUUGCGAAAUGCUACAACAUUGAGUGUUAUAUUGAACAUUCCUGUUCGAGUUAAAAAUAUUCGAGCAGGAAGAUCACAAGGUGGAUUACGACCACAACAUUUAACUAGCAUUCAACUUUUAGCAGAAUUUUCUGAAGCAAAACUUGAUCAUGCAAAUAUUGGUACAACAGAUAUUCAAUUUACACCAAAAACAAUUAAAGGUGGAAAUUAUGUAGGUGAUACAAAAACAGCUGGGAGUAUAUGUUUAAUGAUGCAAACUGCUAUUCCAUGUUUACUUUUUGCUAAUGGACCAUCUGAAUUGAAAUUACUAGGAGGUACAAAUACUGAAUUUGCACCCGAUAUUGAUUAUUAUAAACUUGUGUUUCAACCAAUAGCCAAACGAUUUAAUUUUAAUUUUGAUUUAAAUAUAAUGCGAAGAGGUUAUUAUCCGAAAGGUGGAGGUGAUGUGAGAAUCAGUAUUAAUCCAAUUGAUCAUCUAACAGCUAUUGAUCUAACUGAUUUUGGACAGAUCAAAAGAUUUUUUGGUCGAUCUUUUGUUGCUGGUAAUCUUCCCAAACAGAUUGCUGAUAAAAUGGCUGAAGCAGCUAAAAAUUUAAUACAUAAACACUAUUCAACAGAAAUUCCGAUAGAAAUUGAAGUUGUUCAAGAACCGAAUAAUAUAGCUAUUGGAACAGCUAGUGGUAUCAUGAUUGGUGCAGAAACAACGACAGGUUGUUUACUUGCAGCAAAUGCAUUAGGUAAACGAGAUAUAUCACCAUCGGAUGUUGGAAUACAAGCAACAGAAGAAUUACUCAAAGAUUUAUCUCAUGAAGCAUGUGUUGAUCGAUAUUUAGAAGAUCAAUUAAUUCUUUUAAUGGCUCUUGCUAAAGGUCAUUCAAAAAUUCGAUGUGGACCAUUAUCUGAUCGUACUAAGACAGCAAUUUAUGUUGUUGAACAUUUAACUAACGUUUGUUUUAUUUCAAAAAAUGUUUAUCAAAUAUUUUUUUUGUUGUUUGUUACUAUACGUUAAAUUCAAAAUUAUUGAAAUUCCAUCAUCAAAAACAGACGAUAAAUCGCAUUUAACAACACUACAAGCAUCAACAUCUUCAUUGAAUAUAUCAAAUUCUACAACUAUUAUUGAAUGUGAAGGUUUAGGAUAUCA